AAAAAAUUGUCAGUUUAUUUGAGACUUUCGGUGGAAUACGUUUAAAUUUCGAAAUAGUGCAACGGUACAUCAUCUUCGUCAUACAAUAAUAGUGAUUUUCAAUUAAAAUCUUUUUAAAAGCAAACAAAUGCAAUUUUAUUAAAAAGCAUCAUCACAGUUUUUUUUUUUUGUUUUUUGCCUUCAAAUACACAUUUAUUAACAAAUAAAUAAGAAAAUAAAUUAAAAGGAAAAUUUUUCCAUUGUGCAUUUAUGUAUCUCGAAUAAUAAAGUGAAAAAAUAAAAAAAAAAUAUUAAUUGAUCAAGUGCAACAUUUCAAUUAAUACUCAAAAAAGAAAAAAAUAAGAGAAAUUUAUAAAAUCGAAAAUAAAAUUUAAUAUAAAAACAGUUUAUAUUUUAAUUUAUGAUCAUGGCAGUUUCUGAAUGUAACACAGAUGUUACGACUGAUAAUAAUUGUGAUAAGAAUAAAGAUGUCGUUGAACCCGCCGACUUUGAUAAGGCCAUAGAAACUGCAGGUUUCGGUUUAUUUAAUCUGCUGCUACUCAUUGUGGCCAUAUGUGCAAUAUUGGCGAAUGUCUUCUCCACCACCACAAUGGCCUACAUUUUGCCCAUAGCAGAGUGUGAUCUCAAACUGACACUGCUAAACAAGGGUACCCUUAAUUCGGCCACCUAUGCCGGUAUGAUUGCAUCGGCCAUAAUUUGGGGGUAUUUAGCCGAUACCCAGGGUAGAAGAAAGAUUCUUAUAAUUGGUUAUUUGGCGGAUGCGGUGUGUGUGUUCUGCAGUUCAAUGUCUCAAAAUUUUGUAAUGUUGGCCACAUUCAAAUUUUUUGGUGGCUUAAUUGUUAAUGGUCCCGGAGCGGUUUUAUUUACUUAUCUUACUGAAUUACAUGGACCCAAAUACCGACCCAGAGUUUUAAUGGCCUUGGGUAUGGUGCAAUCGUUGGGUACCUUGACCUUACCCAUGUUGGCCUGGGCCAUAUUAUCCCAAGAUUGGGAAUUUGUUUUAUUUGAAUCGUUUAAUGUACACACCUGGCAAAUUUUCCUGUUAGUUUGUGGCCUGCCCAGCUUAAUAAGCGGUUUGCUAUUAAUAUUGCUGCCCGAAAGUCCCAAGUUUUUAAUGUCCCAGGGUCGUAAUGCCGAAGCAUUAAGAGCUUUUCAAAAAAUAUAUGCCUUUAAUAGCAGAAAACCUAAAAAUACUUAUCCGAUCCACACCCUAAUUGAGGAAGUACCCACCCGUGACACCAAUGCCAAUGAAGUUGUAUUCACUAUUGAUAAUAAAGAUGGCACUAAACUACCCAAAAAGGAGCAUCGCACUUUGGCUCAAUCUCUGCAUGAAGGCUGGCAGCAAAUGAAGCCCAUGUUCCGUAAACCUCUAUUGUGCCGAUCUUUGCAUGUUUAUUUUAUGCAAUUUUGUAUGUUGUUGGGUCUUAACACAAUACGUUUAUGGUUGCCGCAACUAUUUGCCUCAAUUGCUGAAUACGAGACAAUGUAUGCUGACGACAAUGAAUCGGCUACACUUUGCACAAUUUUGGAAUAUAGUGCCAAUAAAUCGGCCACAACUGUAGCUAAUUAUACCUCGGAUUGCAGUGAUCGCGCAAAUAUUUCGAUGGACAUGUACAUUAAUAACAUUAUUGUAGCGAUAGUGGGUCUAGUAGGCUACUGUUUUGCUGGUUUUAUAAUCAAGGCUCUGGGUCCAAAAAGAAUGUUAAUUUCCGGUCUCUUCAUAUCUGGCGUAUUAGGAGUAGGUUUAUAUUGGUCCAAUAGUGGCUUGAUGACACUUAUAAUAUCCUCGAUAUUUAUAACUAUAUGCAGCAUUUCAACCUCCUCCUUAUUGGGUUUGGUUAUUGCUCUAUUCCCCACCACCUUAAGAUCAUUUAUUAUUGCGGUAGGCUUAAUGUUCGGCCGUUUGGGUGCUUUAUCUGGCAAUAUGCUUUUCCCGGUAUUUGUGGAACUUGGCUGUUUGCCACCAUUUUUAAUGGUUGGUAUAAUUUUGCUAUUGGCCAGCGCUUUAUCCUGUAUAUUACCCAGUGAGAAAAAGUCGACAUUUACUUAAACAAUAUUUAUUGUGUUUAUUUAAAGCGUUUUUAAAACUGUGUAUUUGUAUAAAGUUUUUUUUAAUCUAAAAUCUAGAAAUUAAGUAUGUACUUAUCAAAAUAUUUAUUUGUUUUUUUUAUUUUAUUAGUUUAGAUAAACUGACACAUGUAUUUUUUUUUUCGUGUUACUUACUCAUCGUGAUUUUGUAUAUUUUAUGUAUUGUACUAUUUUAUUUAGUUUUUUUAAAGAUCAACUAACUCAUUUUAUAGAGAUUACAAUGAUUUUAUUUGUUUAGCAUCGUAAUUAGAAAGAAUUGUAAAUAUGUAUUUAGUUGUUAAUGUAAUAAAAAAAAAGAAAAUAAAUAUAAUUAAAUAAAAAAUUAA